AUGCGAGCGGCGGGCGUGCCAGGCACUCCGUACUGGGUGCUGAUCGCCGCGCACGCGCUGGCGAGCGUCGGGAUGAGCUUCGCCUUCGGCUGCACCGACAUCCAGAAGUCCCUCUUCCCUCGGGAGCACGACUCGCUGCGCUGGGGCGGGCACUCCGCCGAGACCUGGGAGGUGCUCAUCGUGGUCGCGGUGGUCUGCGCGGACUUCUGCGUGACGAUGCGGGAGCUGAGCGUCCGGCUGGCGCACUGCGUCGUCUUCCUCGGCGUGGUGUUGACCCUGUGGAUCACGGAGGGGUCGUUGGCCGUCGGGUCGAAGUGGUGCACCUACUGCCUGAUCUUCUCGUUGGUGUACGUGUCCGACCCGCUCUGGGGCCCAGGGCCGGGAGGGAAGGCCCCGGGCCGCGCUGGCGGUGCCGCAGCGGCAGGCGAAGGAGGGAUGACUGCGGCGGCAAAGGCCAGUGGCGGCGGCGGCGGCUGGCUUGGGCCGUCCUGGCUCAUCGUUGCGGCGCUUGCGCUCAUUCCGGCGCUCGCGCUUGCGUCCCCGGCAGCGACGUUGGCCACGCAGGCCCUUUCCACUCUGAGCCAGUAG